UCCCAGCUUUCUCCAGACAGCAAGCCGCGCCCCGAUCUCCAACUUGUAUACGCAGGCCGACACCUCGGUCCUCUGGUCGACUCCCAACCGCGUAGAGCUCACCCUGUGUCUAAAUCGUCCCAAAAUGGCCGUCGAGCAAGUGUCGCCACACCGCCCAGGGCCCUUGUCUGUGGUCCCGCAAGAAAAGGCGCCCAUAGAGAUCUCGACCCGAGAGGUAAACACGCCUGGGAGAGAUACGCUCGACAUCUUCACACAUGACGAGAACCACUUCCUGGUUGUCUCGCCAUAUGGCGAACGGGAGCACCUUCUCGACUUGAGAAGUCUGGAUGCCGAGAACGCACUGCUCGCUCGGGCGCUCGCUGGCAUGACAUGUCUCCGGCCGGACUAUGCCACCGCCCCUUACAUCGACAUCUUCAAUUGGCAGGAGAUCAUCGAGGAGCUGGCACGGCUCGCGCAACAGCAUGGUCACCAAUGGAAGGAGACUUCCUUCUUCGUCGUGGCCUUUCGAUCGCAGAUCCCGCCGACCACGGUAUACGAGGACUUGGGCGUGCUAGACAAGGCCGCCCAUGCAGAAGCGACAGCUAGCGGGGGGUUCCUCAAAUACUGGUUUGGAAGCCCCGAUAAGGACGGCAGAAACUUGGCGACCUGCCUGUGGAAGUCGCAGGAACACGCGAUAAAGGGGGGAGUCGGCCCGGCACAUCGGAAGGCGGCCGGGGCAGCCCGGUCGUUAUACUCGCAUUGGAAGAUAGACCGGCAUAGGCUUAUCAUUCGAGACGACGUGCGGAGCUGGGAUAUUAUAGACUGGGAAUGAGGCAGUAGGGUUGCACUUGGCUGCAAGCUGCUGGCCUCCCAGUCCGCUUCGCUCUCCCGUGUCCGAGAUAGAGGCGACGGCUUCGGCGAAUGGGAUCAGUCCCUGGGGGUAGACGGGGCCAUCCAUAUCUGACUGCUUUUUAUCUUGUG